CGUCUAUACACAGUCCAAACAGGGCGUAAGUCGGUCGCAAAACAAUCGAAGGUCAGGCUUGAGAGUGUGCAAGUCAAGUCCGGACAAGUCGGAAGCCGGCGGAAUGCACUCGGCAGGCACAGAUAACAACUUGUCGGACAAAGACGACGGACAAAGACGACAGGCAAGCGUGAAGUCAACGGAAAGCACGCCGCAUGCGCGCGAGCCGAAGGCGCUCCGCAGCAGUGGCGAAGAUAAGCGGACGGGGAGCAGGAAGUCGG